CGCGGGCAGGCAUGGGCUCUGCUCUCGCAGCAGUGGGGCCUCAGGGGUGAUAGGGAGGUGUAUAUGGUCGUCACAGAAUUCGUGCCCCUGAUGCCCAGCGAUCGUAUACAGGCAGCGUGGGCUGUCCGUGUCUUUUUCAGCUCUCAGCUGCCAUCUCGGCACGACAUGUCUCUAAGCUGGGGCAUCAGAGACAUGCUGAAGCUGAUGCUGACCGGUGCGAUCGUGGCCGGAGCGACUCUGGCCGACGCGAAGGUCGGCCGCUCGCCGUAUCAGGACUACGGACGACACCCGUAUUCGUCCGCCUACGACCACACAGGUUGCGACUUUCCGGUGCAAGCUGCAUUCUUUAAAGCACAAGUUCCACAGAUCGCCAAUGCCGUCAGCGCCGUCGGCGUCGUUGUGCUGGUGCUAAUGGUCAGUGUCGCUGUGAUCGCGUGCGCGUCCGAAUUCUUCACCGACGACAUCAGCGGAGACGACGGCAAGCACACGCCGAUGCGGCUGCCGCGGUUCGACCAGAUCGUCUCCGGCAUCGAGGGGAUGCACAAGCAGUACGAGACGGAGGCACCAUCGGGAGUCAAACGGCCAGCGAGGGCAGAGAGCCGCCGCGGUCUCUGGCGACCACGAGGCGUAGCCUCGUCGCUCGUGGGCGGUAGGCGGAGUGGCCUCGACUUCGAGGUCUCGUCGCUCGUGGGCGGCAGGCGGAGUGGCCUCGGUUGACAGGUGGUGCGCUGGGAAAGUAAGAUAUAUUGGCUUCACCGGGAAGCUAACCGCCUCGACAUUCGGGUGCAUUCGGACAAGUCGCGGUUGACGUUACUUAAUCGCGAAAAAUUUUGAGAUUUUGAAAGGAGUCCUACCGAGGGUUUUGGACAGAGGUGCCGUUGUAGUCAGGGAGGUCACGGGCAUCCAUAAAGGCGGUUGUUGGGCAUUGUUGGAGUCAAUACAUUCCUUUGAGUGUGCCAGGACUAUGUAUGCGUCGUGCGCGCAACCGAAGGAUCUGUUCGCUGUGAGCAUGCUCUUUGUUAUUUAUAUGCAAAUACAUGAGCGGUAUCGCGA